GAGGACACACUGAAGAUGAAUGAAGAGCAGAUGAAUGAUGUAAUCCAGAGAUGGAAAAAUACUGCAGAAGAAGAUUUGAAUCCGGAGGACUACCUGCAGUUCAAGGACUUGGGAUGUGCCUGUCUUGCAGAGGAUAGAAGUGCAGAACUACUGAAGUUCCUUCAAGAUGAGAAAAACCAGGGGCUUGUGAAGUCUAUGGGUUGUGUUCUCAUGGCACCUCUUAUAAAUGAAGCUGUUAAAAAAGAGAAGAGUCUUGAGCACUGCCAGGCUGCCAUCACACAUCUGACCCAGACUUGCAGCCCAGAUGAACUCACGCAUAGCUUGCUUGAACUCAUUGAAGACAUUGACCCAGCGGCCAUUUCUGAGACCAUCUUAACUGUUGUCCCACAUCUUCAAACAGUGCUGCUUCAGCUGGAUGACAGAAAGGCAGCCUGUGUGGGCUCGGCUCUCAGUGCCCUGCAGAAGCAGCUGUCCCGGCUGCCUGUGCCUUACACCCAGCAGCAGGAGGAGGCUGAUGAGCACGGCCUGUGUCGCUGCUGCAACGCCUUGGCUGUGUUUACGAAGCCGUUCAUAGAGGAGGUGAAGAAGAACUCUGAGGAUGAGGAGCUGAGGACCGAGCUUCUCAAGUUCUGCAUGAGGAGCUUAAGGGAGCCAUUACUUGAGGCUGAACUGAACUGGAACAGAAAAUCUCCACUGUGGCUCUUUGCAACAGAAAUAAUGAUCACACUGCCUGCAAUCCAAGAGUCUCUGCCAGAGCUCCUGUUCUUCAGUCCUCUGAAGAAAAGCACACAGAUGGACAACAGUCAGUCCAAGGAGUCGAGGGCCUGUCUGGCUUAUCUACUGUUUGUCCAGCUCAUCACCAUCGACAGUUUUCCAGCAGUAUUCAGUCCUGUAUUUGUUCUUCAGUGCAACAUGGAAUACAUCAAUGAACUACUCAGUAGCAAAAAGGAAUCACACUUGCUCAAAGGACUGGCACUGUAUACAAAAAGCUUGGAGAGUGUGCAGAACAACAGCCUUCCAGUGAGUCUACUGGAACUGAAGAGCUUCUAUAGUGUACCACAGAACCUGAGGCAAGUUUUAACUGACUGCCCAAUGCAGCAUUUGAGACAAUCAGGAUUGCAAGUUUUACAGCUCUUCAUCAAUAAAUUAGACGCUGAAGCAAAGCACAAGUUCUUCAGGUGCAUGUUGAAAACCAGCAACCAUGCAGGAGUAGAGAGUUACAUCGUAAAGAACAUCAGAAACCAGGUUGAAUUUUCCAUGGAGGUGGGUAAUGCUAAUAAAUGGUUCCUGGGAGAGGAGUUUCUGUCGUUGUUGGAUCUGGUUUUGUGUUUCCCACAAGGUGCUGAGACUGAUUUGCUGAACAAUAUGGACAGGAUAAUGGAGAGUCUGAAUCUUCUGCGCUACCUCCUCAUCAGAGACAAAGUACUGCUGAGCUCUACAGAUGUGUGGGAAAAACUGUGCAGGAUCAAAGACAACUACCUGAAAAUGCUGCGUGUGUGUAUCAGCAUAUCAAGGGGAUAUUAUUCCGCUGAACUGAAGGCACUGCGGGAGGAUCAAAAGCUAAAAGCAAAAGAAGCAAGAGAUGCUGCCAGAUCUACCAGAUUAGUCAAAAGCUUAACAGUGAAACAUGAGAAAGUAUCCAAUAUGUCCCCAGAGGAGCAGCACCAGGUGUUGCAGAGUGCUUUGGUGACAUUUGACCUGAUGGAGAGUCUUAUAUUCCGGAUUGAAGAGAUCACAGAGGAAAAGAUGAAGAUCCCAAACUAAAUCAGUGCAUCCCCUUAGAACCUCUAGGUUAUUUUUCA